AUGCCAGUGGACCAAAUACAAUACUCGGAAAGAUAUAAUGAUGACGUCUAUGAAUACAGACAUGUAAUCCUUCCACCAGACAUAGCCAGGCUUGUUCCCAAGUCCCAUCUCAUGACAGAGACUGAGUGGCGCAAUUUAGGAGUUCAGCAGAGUCCAGGCUGGCUUCAUUUCAUGGUACACAAUCCAGAACCUCAUGUACUCUUGUUCCGCAGACCCAGAACUGAUAUACCAGCUCCAGUUAAUGGGCUAGAUAGCAACACUGCCUCAACAGUGCGAGUA